CAAGUGUUCAACUCUUUCCCGGAGGAAAAAGAAAAUUGAUGGAAAAUGACCUAAUUCGAUUUUGUUAGGGGUAAAUUAAUCGACAGAGGAAAAUUUGGAAAAUGGGAAGCGCGCCAAGAAUGUGCUUCGAGUGCCUUGAACGACGAAUUGAAAGUGAUUUCUCCGGAAGACUGACCUUCGUCCAUGGCCUCUCCGAAUCCCCACUCCCCUUCGGUUCAAAAGCCCUCGUUCAGGUCUCAAAUUCACGGCAGCAGUUCGUGAUGAACUAUAUCCCGUACAGGAAAGAUGAUUGCUUGGCCCGAUACAUCGAUGAGUAUUGUGCGCUUGAAGACGGUGAUAGUAGUGCCGGAGAGAACACAAAUUUGUCUAGAAUAAAACAAGAUCAAGCAGAGGUCAGUGUCGGAAUUUCUUGUGAUAAAACUUCUACUUUAGAUACUGCAUCAACUGAAUGUCGGCAUUUCUCGAAUGGUGCCAGAACUGCACUCCUAGGUUGUGAAACAUGUAAAAUUUCCAGUAGGUUUUCUUGCUCAAGGUCCAUCACUUCAUUAGCUCCAACUGCUCAGAUUGGGUAUGCAUCCUAUGAAUUAUUUGAAGAACUUGCUUCACGUUUCUCAUCUGGCUCAACUGAAGAUCAACUUCUGCAUUCAAUAAGUUUUCUUAUAGAAGGAAAAUCUGCAGGGCGAGAUGGUAUAAACUUUCUUAGUUUGGUAGGGAUGCCAUCAUUUACGGAGGAUGGUUUUCCUGGCUGCGUAAGGCAUCCAAAUGUUGGUCCCAUUUUGGGAAUGCUAAAGUUACCUACCCAAAUUAGUUUAGUGCUGCCAAAGACACCAUAUACCCUUGAAAACAUCAUGCAUUAUAGCCCUGGUGCCAUAAAGUCUGAUUGGCAUAUACAACAUUUAAUCUACCAGCUACUCUCAGGACUUUCUUACAUGCAUGGUCUGGGUAUUGCCCAUGGGAACUUAAGACCAUCCAACAUUAUGUUGACCGAAACGUUUUGGUGUUGGUUACAAAUUGGUGAGAAACAACUGCUGAACUCCAAGGUGAAUCCAAGUAAUAAUUUUCAUAAUCCUUCUACUGGUGGUUUCUGUUCUGAAUGCUGUUCCUCUCAUGCCCUGUAUGCUGAUUUAAAUCUCUCUGAUUCUGAGAAUUGGCAAUCUAGUUUUUAUAGUUGGUGGAGAGGAGAGCUGAGUAAUUUUGAGUAUCUGCUAAUGUUAAACAGAUUAGCAGGAAGACGGUGGGGAGACCAUACAUUUUACGCAGUUAUGCCUUGGGUCAUAGAUUUCAGUGUGAACCCUGACGAAAAUAGCAUUUCUGGGUGGAGAGAUCUAAGCAAGAGCAAGUGGCGCUUGGCAAAAGGUGAUGAACAGUUGGAUUUCACUUACUCAACAUCUGAAAUCCCUCACCACGUGUCUGAUGAAUGCUUAUCUGAACUGGCCGUUUGCAGUUAUAAAGCCAGGAGGUUGCCUUUGAGUGUUCUACGAACAGCCGUCCGUUCAGUUUAUGAACCUAAUGAGUAUCCCUCUAACAUGCAAAGAUUAUACCAAUGGACCCCCGAUGAGUGUAUUCCGGAGUUCUACUGUGACCCACACAUAUUUUAUUCUCUACACUCUGGCAUGCCUGAUUUAGCUGUGCCUUCUUGGGCAGGCUCUCCGGAGGAAUUCAUUAAGUUGCAUAGAGAUGCUUUAGAAAGCAACCAUGUUUCACGCCAAAUACAUCAUUGGAUUGACAUCACAUUUGGCUACAAACUGUCUGGUGAGGCUGCUGUCGCUGCUAAGAAUGUUAUGUUGCCGGCAGCAACUUCUACAAUGCCAAGGUCAACGGGACGAUGCCAGCUAUUUAAUCAACCUCACCCUCCACGUCAAAUUGCUAAGAAAAACAGUGGUCGAAUUAAAGUGAAUGAUGUUGAUGGCAAGCCCCUGCUUACUGAAAGUAAUGAAUUGGAUAAACUUGAAGAAGCAACUUCAUUCUGUGAGAAAUCAUGGCAUUUAUCUCCUAAAUAUAAUGUUUACACUGGUGACUGGUUGAAGGAUGAAUCCCAAGAAAAGGAGCUUUUGAGGGAUACUUCUGUGAAUGCAUCAUCUAGAGAACCUGACUCUUCAAUGAACUAUGACUGGAUCUCAACUAUUGAUUCAAGUUAUCUUCUUCAGAAUAUUGAGGUGGAUGAUGAUUCUAUGGGAUAUCAAGAUCUAUUGCUUUGGAGGCAAACAUCUUCAUCAAAGGUUUUCUCCAUAAGUAGUGCAGACGAUAUAUUUGCUGUUGGAUGUAUUUUAGCAGAACUUCAGCUGGGCAAGCCACUCUUUGGUCUGAAUUCGUUAGCAUCAUACUUGGAAAGUGGCGUCCUACCAAAUUCAAUGCAAGAGCUUCCCAAUCACAUCAAAAUUGUUGUUGAAGCCUGUAUUCAGAAGGAGUGGAGCAGGAGGCCUUCUGCCAAAUGCCUUCUGGAAUCUCCAUACUUCACGAAAUCAGUCCAGUCAUCAUACCUCUUUUUAGCCCCAUUUCACCUUCUAGCUAAAGAUGAAUCACGUCUUCAAUAUGCUGCAACAUUUGCAAAACGAGGAGCUCUUAAGACAAUGGGAGCUAUUGGCGCUGAAAUUUGUGCUCCUUAUUGCUUACCUCUUAUAGUGAGUUCUGCCUCGGAUUCGGAAACUGAAUGGGCUUAUGUACUACUUACAGAACUUCUGAAAUGUCUGAAGUUAGAAGCAGUGAUGAAACUUGUGGUGCCAUCUGUCGAGAGAAUUUUGCAGGCUACAGGCUAUUCACAUUUGAAGGUUUCCCUUCUUCAAGGCUCAUUUAUGCAGGAGAUAUGGGACAGGAUAGGUAAACAAGCAUACUUUGAGACAAUGCAUCCACUUAUAAUCUCAAAUCUGUGCAUUGCUCCUCAUAUGAGUUCAGCUGCUGCUUCUGUUCUACUGAUUGGCUCCAGCGAAGAGCAUGGUGUACCAAUUACUGUUCAUCAGACAAUUUUGCCUCUGAUGCUCUCUUUUGGGAAAGGGCUAUGCAAUGAUGGAGUUGAUGUCUUGAUCAGAAUUGGUGGACUUUUUGGAGAAAAUUUUGUCAUGAAACAAAUUCUACCAUUGUUACAUAGUGUUAUCCAUUCUGGCAUAUGUGUAUCAGAUGUUAAUAAACCUGAACCCAUUCAGAGUUGGGGUUCUUUGGCCUUGAUAGAUUGUCUGACAGCAUUAGAUGGCCUUAUUCCUCUAAUGACUACCGAGACAAUUAUCAAGGAGCUGAUUGAGGACAGGACUUGCCCAUAUGUUAAGAUUCUCAUGCUCAAAGAUAUGGGAUUCCGGGUGCUACAGUGUGCUGCGAAGAGUCUUAUUAGAGUUUGCCUGCAAAUUGGCCCAGAUCUAUCUGCAUUGCAUGUUCUGCCAAAACUAAACGAGUUAUUCGAUGAGCUUGCUUUUUCUCAAAAGAAAAAUACUUGCUCUGUCAAUUUGGUUGGAAACAUGGGGGUGAGUAGAAUGAAAGUGGGUGAGGAAGAUUGCAUCGGAAGCCGCAUGGAAUUGGUGCUACUUUUGUAUCCUCAAUUUGCUUCUCUGCUUGGAAUAGAGAAACUUCGUCAGUAUUGCCCCACAUGGUUGCUUCUUGAGCAAUUCCUUCUGCGACAUCAUAACUGGAAGUGGGAAUAUGCAGGGGAUUCCAUUCAAAGUGGUCCGGAUAAUAUACGUGGCAGACGACCCUCUCACAACAAGGGCACAACAUCUGAAAGCAGACCUUCCAAACUCUUAUUCAAUGGGGUUGGAUGGUCAAGACCUCAAUCACAGGGUAAAAAGGUCGCCAAAAACCUCCUCCCAAGUAAAAAUAAGUUCGAGUAUAAUCAGAAUCCUGUUGAAAGGCAUGUGGCUAUUUCAAGUUCAGGAAUGCAAGAACCUUGGUAUUGGUUCCCUAGUCCUGCAGCUAGCUGGAAUGGGCUAGAUUUUUCUGGUCGUGCUGGUGGUUCAAAGGAUGAACUUCCAUGGAAAAUUAGAGCAUCAAUCAUACAAUCUGUUCGUGCACAUCAUGGUGCUCUGAGAUCUUUUGCUGUUUGUCAAGAUGAGUGUACGAUAUUCACGGCGGGUGUGGGACCAGGAUUCAAAGGAAAUAUUCAGAAGUGGGACUUGUCAAGAAUUGAUUGUGUAUCAAGCUAUAAUGGGCAUGACGAGGUUGUAAAUGACAUUUUUGUUAUGGCAUCCACCGGAAGAGUAGCUUCUUGUGAUGGAACAGUACAUAUAUGGAACGGACAAACUGGAAAACAGAUUUCUGUAUUUUCUGAGAGUUCUUCAACCUCCACACGCUUUGUGGAAAGGGAUGAAGACAACAUGCUUCAUUUUAAUCCAUUAACAAGUGGAAUGCUUAGUACUCCAUUUCAUGGGAAUUUGUACAGUGCCAUGGACUACCUGGAAUUCAACGAUAGACUUGUCGUGGGUACUGGAAAUGGAUCUCUCAGAUUCAUUGAUGUCAAUCAAGGUCAGAAACUUCAUCUUUGGAAGAGUGAAUCUGCUGAUUCUGGUUUCCCUUCCCUUAUAUCAUCCAUUUGCUCGUCUAGCUGUGUCAAAGUGCAUGCUGAGGAAACUAUUUCCUCUCCGUCCUGGAUUGCAGCUGCAACCAGCACUGGUUGUUGCAGGCUUUUUGACAUGAGAAGUGGAAAAAUUAUUUCUUCAUGGCAAGGUCAUGAUGGAUAUGUGACGAAGCUAGCUGUAGCUGCAGAUCAUCAGCUUGUUUCUAGCUCUCUUGACAAAACAUUGCGAAUUUGGGAUUUGAGAAGGAACGGGACAGCCGAACAUACAGUUUUCCGAGGUUACAGUGAUGGAGUUACUGGUUUUUCAGUGUGGGGGCAAAACGUGAUCUCUAUAAGUAGAAAUAAGAUUGGCGUUUCUUCUUUACAAGGUUCUACAGAUGAAGAAGGCAAGCAUCGAACAACCCCUCAACAUCUAUAUACGGCAGAUGGGGAAUCAAAGAACGUGUCGGUGCUAUCAGCCAUUGGUAUCUUGCCCUUUUCCCGCCUUUUCCUUGUUGGAACAGAGGAUGGCCAUUUGAAAAUUUGUUGUUAGUUAUACUUAUUGUUCCAUCUGUUCUUCAAUUAAAAGAAAUUCUAGUCAAAUUGCAUGGUCGUUCGUUACUUUGUGUAUACAGAAGAUAAGAAAGGAUAUAAGUGAGAGGAAAAUUCCAAUAUUUACUUACUGCACAAUCACUAUGUAACAAAGGGAGAUGAGUGAAAGUUUGAAUAGUACAACAGAAGUAAGCUAUCGACGAACAUGUAUUAUUAUUACAGGGGACAUAUGUCAAAUUCACCCUAACAUUUCUAUUGAAUUUGAAUCAAGUAAA